AGGAGUGGAGGGGGAUAGAGAGACAGAGAGAGAGAGAGAGAGAGAGGGAGUCCAGGCCCAAAUAAAGCCAUGGGGGCCGGGGCUGGGCCGGGCCCCUUUUUGCUAUAAAUACACUGGCCGCUUGGAGGUUCGGGUUUGGUGGUUGGGGUUUGGGACCAGCGACCACCACUGCUGUAGUAGCCUUCCUCAGGGGAUUCUCCUCCGCAUACUCAUCCUCCUCACCCUGGUCAUCAGUGUUCUGGGCAUCCAAGAUGCCUCGCGUGGACGCAGACCUCAAGCUGGACUUCAAGGAUGUCCUCUUCAGACCCAAGAGGAGCAGCCUGAAGAGUCGCUCAGAGGUGGACCUUCAGAGGACCUUCACAUUCCGCAACUCCAAACAGACCUACACCGGCAUCCCCAUCAUCGCUGCCAACAUGGACACCACGGGAACGUUCGAGAUGGCGCAGGUCCUCAGCAAACACACACUCUUCACAGCCAUUCACAAACACUACACCGUGGAGGAAUGGAAGAACUUUGCUGCUAAUCAUCCAGAAUGUUUAGAGCACAUAGCCGCCAGCUCAGGCAGCGGCAUUGCCGAUCUGGAGAAGCUGUGUGCCAUCUUGGAAGCCAUCCCCGCCCUCAAGUACAUCUGUCUGGACGUGGCCAACGGCUACUCCGAGUACUUUGUGGAGUUUGUCAAGACGGUCAGAGGAAAGUUCCCCGGACACACCAUCAUGGCCGGUAACGUGGUAACAGGAGAGAUGGUGGAGGAGCUCAUCCUCUCCGGCGCUGACAUCAUCAAAGUGGGCAUCGGGCCAGGGUCUGUGUGCACUACAAGGAUCAAGACAGGAGUGGGCUACCCACAGCUCAGCGCUGUGAUAGAGUGUGCAGACUCAGCCCACGGCCUCAAAGGACAUAUUAUCUCUGACGGCGGCUGCAGUUGCCCAGGAGAUGUAGCUAAGGCCUUUGGUGCGGGGGCUGACUUUGUGAUGAUGGGAGGGAUGCUGGCGGGUCACGACCAGUGCACCGGGGAGGUGAUCGAGAAGAACGGGAAGAAGUUCAAGCUCUUCUACGGCAUGAGCUCCGACACAGCCAUGAAGAAAUAUGUGGGGGGAGUUGCUGAGUAUAGGGCGUCCGAGGGUCGAACAGUGGAGGUCCCCUACAGGGGGGAUGUGGAGAACACCAUCCGCGACGUCCUGGGCGGCCUCCGCUCCACCUGCACCUACGUGGGCGCCGCCAAGCUCAAGGAGCUGAGCAGGAGAACCACCUUCAUCCGCGUCACACAGCAGUCCAGCCACAUGUUCACUUAGCAGGGGGCGCACGCGGGGUCCACGUACGCAUGGGCCGCAUGUUAUGCAGUGUGUAUAUUAUGCGGAAUGUAAACCUGCAACAGGAGGACCCUCACCAAACACACCCCUACAUGAUCACCCAGCCUGUUUCUCUCAGGAUAUCUGCCAUCAGAAAAGCUGUUAGUUUCCUGCAGGCUGUGACUCAAAUAAACUCAAAUAAUACGACUUGAAACAUUCUCCCAGGAGAAUCUUGGCACAGCUAUCGCCUUAACCCUGUAGCGGGCGCGUUUACAUGCUCACAGGCUCGGUAAUGUGAGUGCACCAGAUUCAGAUUUUUGAAUAGGGGGGUGCAAAUGUUCCUUAUGUGAACAGGGAUUGGUUCUUAUUACCGAGGCACGUGUAACUUCAGAUCUGAUCUUUCACAAUACCCUUUCUAGAUCCGAGAAUAAACAGGGACGUCAGCCAACACAUCGCAUGUAAACGCACGCGCAGCAGGAGGAGGCCGAUACUCGCGCUUCAGUCUCCUGGGGAAGCUGCUGAGCUGUACACUGGAAUGAAUGUGCGAAUCAAUAUGCAAAAGAUUCAGCGACGUCACCCCUUUAACUGUCACUGGAGAAAUAAAGUGCAUGGCAGGGCCUUCUGCUAAUUUCCUCACUGGUGUCGA